UAAAAAUUGAAGCCCAUGGUUACAACUAUUCUCUGCUUUUAACUUUUGGCUUUUGGCUUCUGUGUUCUCUCUCUUCCGCUCUCUCUAACAAAAAAGCAGAAGCACUUUCUCAAAUGGGGCUUUCGAACUUCCCGAGUGCAGAAGGGGGCGUGCUGCCAUUGCUAGUAAUGAACACAGUUUUUUCCUUGGCUCUGCUAAAGAACAUGGCGAGAUCUGUGCUCCAAGUGAUGGGUGUCAAUAUCAAUUCCCACACUUUCGACGAGAACCCUGAUGGGUGUCCUGAGGAAAUGCCUAGAGAGAGAAGAAUCUCAAUAACCCAGUUCAAAUCGUUCUGCAGAAACGGGGGAAAAACAGAGUGCUGCGUCUGUCUCUGCGGGUUCGAAGCAGAGCAAGAAGUGAGCGAGUUGUCCUGCAAGCACUUCUUUCACAAAAGUUGUCUGGAAAAGUGGUUCGACCACAACAGCAGUACGACUUGCCCUCUCUGCCGCUCUAUUGACUAAAAAGAUAAGUUCUUUGUGUUAUGGAGUUUUGGGUUCAUCAGCUGUACUUUUUCUUGUUGUUGCUUAUAUUAUCCUGUUAUUUUUUAGCACAAAUUAGAGAAAGUUAAUUUAAAAUGUUUGCUUUCUGGUUUAAUUUGUGUUUGUACUUUGUACUUGUACCAAGAGGAUUAAAAAUAAACAAAUAAAGGAAGGGAUAGGCGUUGGAGCAUUGAAAUA